AUGACGCGCAUCCGCCAGAAGACUGCAGAGCGGCUCAAGGAGUCACAAGAGAUCACGGCGUCGCUGACGACGUUCAACGAGGUCGACAUGACCGCCAUCAUCGAGAUGCGAAAAAAGUACGGCGACGCCUUCCUCAAGAAGCACGGCGUCAAGCUCGGCUUCAUGUCGCCCUUCGUCGCCGCCGCCUGCCGCGCCAUCACGGAGAUGCCGGCGGUGAACGCUGUCAUCGACGGCAACGAGAUCGUGUACCGCGACUACAUCGACGUGUCCGUCGCCGUGUCGUCGCCGAAGGGCCUGGUG